AUGAAAAGGCAGCUCAACCACGCGCUGGCAGGCCUGCGGCCGUGGUGGUGGCACGUGUGCAACGUCUCUCUACACGCCGCGUGUUGCGCUCUAGUCGCCAGGGCCUGCGUGACGAUAGCACGCCUGCAAAGGCCGUUCGCUGCACUAGCAGCUCUUCUGUUUGCCGUGCAUCCGGUACACACGGAAGCGGUAGCAGGAGUGGUAGGACGAGCCGAUGUAUUGGCUUGCAUAUUUUUUCUAUCUUCUCUUCUCGUCUACCACAGACCAACUAGCGGUAAGAAAUGCGUCUGGCUGAGCGUCUUUCUUGGUGCUCUUAGUAUGCUGGCAAAGGAGACAGGCGUUACGAUACUCCUUCUAAAUCUCACUAUAGACUUCUACAGAUGUUGGCCCAUCGUAAAAAGGUCGAUCAGUUCGUGGAAAAUUGAGAAGAAAUGCGCAGGACUCUCAGUGAGAACGUUUAAAGUGACCGUGUCUCUGGCAUUACUGAUUUGUCUUCGACUGUCACUGCUGCAGGGCACUUGGCCAUCCUUCUCCCCGCAAGACAACCCUGCUGCUUUCCAUCCCAGUUUCUUUGUGAGACUAAUGACCUUCUGCUAUCUGGCGGCAUUCAACUGGUGGCUGCUCCUGUGCCCUUGGAGCCUCAGUCACGAUUGGCAAAUGGGGUCGGUGCCCCUUAUCACGAGCGGAUGGGACCCCAGAAACCUUCUCACUUGCGCUGCUUUUGGCGCAUUGUUCUUGUUGUGUUAUCGCUGCAUAGCUGACAUGGAGAUACAUCGACAUACACCGGCUGUUAUUGGAGUAUUGCUGCUAAUCAUACCGUUUGUGCCGGCGAGCAAUUUGCUCAUCACCGUCGGCUUUGUAAUAGCUGAACGGGUCUUGUACAUACCCAGUGUUGGCAGUGUUAUGAUAACGGCAUAUGGGGUGCAAUUAAUGUGGUGCUCAAAGCCGGGCACCAAAGCGUUUCUGGUUUUCGGCUUAGCAGUGCUGGCUGGAAGUGGAGUUGCAAGAACAUAUCGCAGAAACGCGGAUUGGCGUGACCGAGCCACUCUUCUAAGGUCCGAUUUAGUGACUCUGCCGCAGAACGCGAAGCUGCACUACAACUUCGCAAACUUCCUCCGCGAAACAGAGCAGCAGGAAAACGCAAUCAAACACUACAAAGAAGCUCUGAGGUUGUGGCCGACGUACUCCAGCGCUCACAAUAACAUCGGGACCCUAGUGAGUGGUGUCGAGAAUGCGGAGUAUCACUUCCUGCAGGCCAUUAAGUACAACAAGCACCACGUCAACGCCCAUUAUAACCUCGGGAAAUUGUACAAGAAAAAUGGACGCACUAAUCAAGCAAUAAGAAUGCUGGAAAAAUGUGUGCUAUUACGCCCUCAAUUUGUCCAAGCCCACGUAGAACUGCUGACAUUGAUACCGGAUCGGGAGAAACAAAGAGUUUUGUCAAGAUUAGUAGAAUUGGAGCCGAAUAAUUGGGAAUAUUAUGUGCUGUACGGGAACUGGCUAAAGGAGAAAGGAUUGUUUGGACCAGCAUCAAAAUUCUACCUUGAAGCCACAAGACUCACAUUUAAAAACAGAAAUACUGAGAGCCUAGUACGGGGCGAUCUUGUCACGUUUCGAUACACUGCUUUGAUGUACAGAAAGUUAGGACAGAAGUCGAGGACAUUACAACUUUUGACAAGAUGGCAAACCUGGCGCAGGGGAUGGCCUAGUAUGGCGGCGGCGCAUAUGUAUUUAAGGGAUUGGCGGCUCAAAAUGGAGUUGGAGGGCCGGAUUCAAAUCUAUAGUAAGGCUGUGAAUCCAAUAAAAAUGAGAAAAUGCUUCGAUCACACUCAAUUAAUCGUUGAAGUCGAACCGAUAAAAAAUGAUAAUGAGAUCAUAAAGAAAGAAAGAAGAUUCAUUAAUGGUGAACGCAAAAGCGUGAAAGAAGAAGACCUGAUGAAAAUUGACAAGUCAAGGAAAAGUGCCUGCUACAUCAAGACGUGUAAAUUUAAAAAGCGUGGUAUCUUGGAGCCGGCCCAGAUAAAGACAAUACAUAACAAGUCUGAAAUUGGAAUGAAGGGCAAAAAGUGUUCCGUUCAUAGAAAACAGAAGAGUACUAAAGACGAUAACAUCAUAUCAAAGCUUACAGCGCCUAUGUCGGAACAUAUUCUAAUCAAAACAUUU